AAGAGAUAGUUAGCGGUCCCGCUAUUUGAACGCAAGUAAACAUGACGGCGAAGCGUUCGCAUCUGUAUGGCGUGAGUCGUAAAGCUGAAAUUCGCUUGUGCUCAACUUAGAUCCGUGUUGCAAACUUCAAUGGAACCAGUCUGACGCAAACCUCUGGCCGGACGAGAUGCGUGUUUGUUAAACAGACAUUUUUACGAUAAACUUUGUAGUUAUUUCGUUCCCGUGACGUAUGAGCGGCGAUCGUAUGAAAAGCGCAAUUCAUAAGUGCAGGUAGUGCCUCAUUCAAGUGCAUUGUGUGUGUGAAUAGUUGAUUGAAGCAAUAGUGGUGUUGAGCAAGGCUUGCUUUUAAGGUCAUCUUGGUCUGAGGCUGUCUUCGUGAGUUUUUUAGUGCUACGCAACCAUGCUUCCACGACGGUAGCAUGCGCCUGACAGCAGCUUUAACAUGCGCGGCCCUGCUAUCGCUCGGGGUCGCGCGGGCGGGGAGGGGGAGGUGCCCCCCCGCCUGCGCGUGCGGCUCCGCGGAGGGGGAACUGGACUACGUCUGCGGGGGAGUGAACGUUCGAGCGCUGGCCAAUGACUUCGCCAAGAUUACUUGCAAGGAUGUCACCAAUAUAUGCGAUGAGCUGCCGUUCAUCCAGCUGUCCUCCAACGAUACCCUGAACAGCGUGAGUCUUACAGACUGCCCUGUACCUGAGACCUUCAGGUGCGUGCUGGAGAGACUCGGAGCUGCUGAUGUUGAGAGGGUCUCCUUCAUCGCGCCGAGAGGGGAGCUGCGGGUCAACAAUAUGGAGGGAUUGAAGAGGACCAGCCUGCUGGUGUUGAUGAAAGCAGCCGAUCAAUCCAGCGUUCCAUAUGACAUCCUUCGCGCGCUACCGUCUCUCCGAGACUUCCGACUACGCGGUGCCAAGCUUCACCUCCCAGCUGACGAGUCAUCCGAGUCGGACGAGACUGGCGAUUCGCCCGCCUAUCCCUCGCUGCUGUACGUCGAGUUAUCCUCGGAUCUGAUAGAGGAAGUGCCUCAUGGUGCUUUCAGAAGACUUAAGGGACUACCGCAGCUGUACCUGUGGGACAAUCAGAUCAGGAAUAUCAAUAACGAGUCAUUUAUCGGAAUGGAGAGCCUCGAGCAGUUGGAUUUAUCUCGGAAUCCCUUUAAGGUUCUACCACCAGGAGUGUUUGCCCACACUCCGCGACUGAAGGUCCUGACCCUCACGAAGACUGGGCUUGAGGAGAUCCCGAAAGGUGCCAUCACAGGACUACAAAUGUUGGAGGAGAUCACCAUUAAAUUCGGCACUGGCACGGUAUCUUUCGGUUCGCGCGCCCUGGCUGACCUUCCGUCCCUGAAGAAAUUAACCAUAGACCGCUGCAGAAUCAAACCUGUACCAUCAGAUCUCUUACAAGGAGACACCAAACUCCAAGAAUUAGUCAUAACCGGUGCUGGCUUAGAAGAACUGCCCAAACAAUUUUUCAAUGGACUGGUGAAUUUAGAAAGAUUAAAUUUGAAGGAGAAUAUCAUAAAAGCGCUGGACAGCGAUAUCUUCAGUCCUUUGAAAGCGCUGCAGUGGCUCAACUUGAACGGAAACCGGAUAGAAAUGCUGCCAUCGCGACUGUUCUCCGGUCUCACUCGCCUGUCGACGUUAUCCGCGGAUCGGAACCACAUGAAGGUGAUCGCUCCGGACUCGUUCCAGGGCGCCGUCAACCUGCAGGAACUAUCCCUCAUGGACAACGAGCUCACGCUGACCACGGACGAGGAUGAGGAUUUGUAUUCGGAGCCGCCGUACUCCCCGUUCGCGUCGCUGCUGCAGCUGCGAGUGGUCCGGCUGCGCGACAACCGCGUGCGGCGCGUGCAUGACGACUGGCGCCUGCUGCUCGCAGCGCGUCUGCGGCUGCUCGACCUCUCCAGGAACGCAUACACGGAACUCACGAGAGCAGACGUGCAGUUCCUCAAUGCCAAUAUCACUGUUGACCUCCGCGAGAACAACAUCACCACUGUCGACGUGCUGGAAGCGCCCACCUGGUGGCCCCAAGAAGAAUUGCCAAAGAAAACUUUAUCAGUCAUUCUGCUAGAUGAAAACCCGUUCCGAUGCGACUGCGAGCUGUUCACCUUCAUCCGAAGACUUAGAGGCAGCAAACCUCUAGCUGCAGAACCUAAACUCAACCCUGGCAACGCGAAAUGUACCUCCCCGCCAUCUUUGGAAGGGUACUCCGUCAAAGAUUUAACUCCUGAGCAAUUAGUUUGCCCGUUGAAAGACGCAGAUUGUCCUUCCGACUGUGUUUGCUACUUGCGACCGGCGACCAAGUCUUUAGAAUUAGACUGCAGUGCUGAACCGACGAAAUAUCCGGUGCCGAGUGAAUUUGGACUUGAAGAGAUGCGUCUAACUCUCCACAGUCCUCCAGCCACGAUUGAAACGUUGCCAGAUUACGUGGUGUUCUUAAACUUGAGUGGCGUAGGUUUGACUGAGAUUCCAGAAGUGCCGGAAACGGUUAAAGAAUUAGAUCUAUCUAACAAUUCGCUUAGUCGACCUCCCAUGGAAUUAUUGAAGAAUAUUCGACUACGUUUGAGCAGUAACCCAUUCCUGUGCGAUUGUAGUCACGUAGAAGACGUCAAUUUACUGCAAAGCAAUAUAUACAGGAUAUUAGACUCUGAUAAAGUUACUUGCAUGGAUGGUGGAUUUCCCUGGAGAUUAGAUGCAAAUAGAUUGUGCGAUGUGAGACGAGCGGCGUUAUUAGGAGGGGCUUUAGCAGCCUUAGGCAUUGUAGUAGCCGUAGCUGCCGCUUUAGCCUACAGAUACUCUUUGGAAAUCCGCAUAUUCCUAUUCUCUAGGGGAUGGUGCUUAAAACUUGUUCACGAAGAAGAUUUAGAUCAGAACAUGCAGUACGACGCCUUCGUAUCUUUUUCGCAAAAAGACGCACGCUUCGUCGCCGAAGAACUGGUACCGAAACUGGAAGGGGAGAACAACCUUAAGCUUUGCGUGCAUUAUCGCGAUUGGCUGAUCGGCGAUAUGAUCCCGGCGCAAAUAGCAAGAUCGGUGGAACAGUCUAGGAGGACAAUAAUUAUUCUAUCGAAGAGCUUUCUGGAAUCCUCUUGGGCUCUGUUGGAGUUCCGUGCGGCACAUCUAAGGUCUCAGCAGGAGAGAAGAGCGAGAGUUCUAGUCGUAGUCCUCGAAGAUUUGAGCGAAGCUGAUAUGGAUGCUGAGUUGCGUGCGUAUCUCACUACAAAUACGUACUUGCGUUGGGGUGAUCCGUGGUUUUGGAAGAAGCUGCUGUACGCACUGCCUCAUCGAAGGUCGGAGGUUAUGGUGGAUAAGCUGAAGGUGGGAGGGCUGCAGACGAGACUUACCGCCGAUGGAAUGAUUGUGAAUGAAUCGAUGCAGAAACUAGAAAAGUAUUGAAUACGCUGAAUUGACACAUAUAACUCUCAAUACUUAAAGUAUUCUUAGCGCAAUGAUAUUCCGAGAUUAUUGGUUCUACGGGAAAACAUGUAUACUCCAAUACGCAUCAAGGGCAGCUUUGGUAUCGUUACCGCCAUUUGAAUACAUAUUAUAAUUUGUAAAACAAGCAAUAACUAAACUUUAGUGUUGAGUUAUAAUUUAUAUUUUUAAGCAUGUAACUGCUCGAUGUUAAAAUCUAAAGAAAAUAUUACUAGUAAAAAAUUCCACGCUGACCAGGCAGCAGACGGGAUUAGACUCGAUUGUAGGUUAUCCACAAUGCGAAGAGAUGGCGCUGCCUUGCAGCUUAAGAAAGACUAGGAAGAAUUCGACGCUGAUGGCCGCGGUAGCAUAAUGGUCAGUGCAUUCGUCCGGAUAGCGAAGGGUGCGGGUUCGAGUCCCGUCUGCUGCCUGGUCCGCGUGGAAUUUUUUCUAGUAAUAUUU